CUCUAAAUCUCCAAAUGUCACUUCAAGAGGAGAAUGAAGCGUUGAAACGAAGGAUAAAGGAACUCGAAGAGAAGAACCAAUUUUUACAACAUGCUCAAGAACAAGAUUUCGCCUGGCCAUUUCCCUCUGAAGAUCGAUUAUCAAACGCCGAGAUCAGGAGAUUCGGUCGACAGCUAAUCCUCCCCGACGUCGGCAUGAACGGUCAACUAAAGCUUCGAAAUACUUCAAUGCUGGUGGUUGGAGCAGGAGGAUUAGGAUCACCUAUAUGCCUCUACCUUGGAGGUGCUGGUGUGGGUCGCAUUGGCAUCAUUGAUCAUGACGAAGUCGAUGUGUCCAACCUUCAUCGACAAGUGAUACACGACGAGUCUAGGGUUGGGAUCAACAAGGCACGCUCCGCAGCAGAGUCUAUCAGAAGAAUCAAUUCUACAUGUCAAGUGAUUCCCUACGACUGCGUUUUGGAUAGCUCCAACGCUAUGAACAUUAUUCCAAAAUACGACAUUGUUCUCGAUGCAACAGAUAAUGUUGCUACGCGAUACUUGUUAAAUGAUGCAUGCGUCAUCGCGGGGAAGCCACUUGUUUCUGGCAGUGCGCUCAGAAUGGAUGGACAGCUCACUACCUACAAUUACAAUGGCGGACCUUGCUAUCGGUGUCUGCACCCAACCCCACCGCCGGCAGAGACGGUUACAAAUUGUUCAGAUGGUGGCGUUUUAGGCGUCAUUCCAGGUAUCAUCGGAUGUAUACAAGCAUUACAGGCUAUCAAAAUUAGUAUAGGUUUAGCGGAACCUCCCAGCCUAUUAAUCUUUUCUGGAGCGCAACCCACUAUGUUCCGUACCAUGAAGCUACGACCACGCAAGAAGGACUGUGUUGUUUGUGGCGAGAACCCUAGUAUAACUCAGCUCAUUGACUACGUUCAAUUUUGUGGGCGUGGCGCCACGGAUAAGGAGGCACCGUUACAAGUCCUUGGCGCAGAUGACCGCAUUAUGGUCGAAUCGUAUCAGAAAUGUAUCUCUGAUGACCGGCCCCACUUAUUAUUGGACGUACGAGAACAAGUACAAUACGAUAUCUGCAGCCUUCCCAAUAGUUUACAUAUCCCAUUACGCCAGCUAAGUAGAAGAGUGGACGAGGUCAAACAAGCUAUAGAGCCUAGACAAGAGGAUGUGUAUGUGAUAUGCCGCUUAGGUAACGACUCGCAACUGGCGGUCAAGAUUUUGGAAGAGCAUGGCAUUCGUGCUAAAGAUAUCGUUGGCGGGUUACACGAAUGGUCGCUUCGGAUAGAUACCGACUUUCCCAUCUACUAAGUAAAGUAAUGAGGCACUUUCAUGGUGUAGAUUACAUUUUUGACAGUUCACCUCAGCCGUGCGUGACCGGUUCAAUUGGUGGUGAUUGCAAUGUAAGCAGGUUUUGGCUUUGUGAAAUGACAGGUGCAAUAUAGGGGGUCUAAUGACUUUUGGCUUGG